GGGGCCACAGGAGCAGCAGGCCCUGGGCGCCCGGAGGCAGAGAUCCGAGCGGGAAGGAAGAGAGCCAGAGCUUCCGGAGUGGGAAGGAAGCCCGGGAGGGAAGGAGCUCGGAUUCCGCCCACGCCCAGCACCGGCUAGGCGUGCAGACUUUUCCACCGCGGCGAGCCGCAGCAAGCAGGCCGGGCAGCGCUCUGGUACCGGUCUGUUAAGCCUGAGCAAUCCGGCGGUCACUGCUCACCAAGAAUGGAAAUCCCGCCAACCCACUACCCAGCCUCCAGGGCGGCCGCGGUGGCGGCAAACUGCAUCAACUACCAGCAAGGGACGCCCCACAAGGUGUUUCUGGUGCAGACGGUCAAACAGGCUAGCAUGGAGGAUAUUCCAGGAAGAGGGCAUAAGUAUCACCUUAAAUUUUCUGUGGAAGAAAUUAUCCACAAACAAGUUACAGUGAACUGCACUGCUGAAGUACUUUACCCUCCGAUGGGACAAGAAACUGCACCAGAAGUCAACUUCACAUUUGAAGGAGAUAUUGGAAAGAACCCAGAUGAAGAAGAUAACAUAUUUUAUCAAAGACUCAAGUCCAUGAAGGAACCACUAGAUGCACAAAAUAUUCCAGACAGUUUUGGAAAUGUACCCCCAGAAAUGAAGCCAGUUCGACAUUUAGCCUGGGUUGCCUGUGGUUAUAUAAUAUGGCAGAACUCUACCGAAAACACAUGGUAUAACAUGGUAAAAAUUCAAACUGUCAAGCAAGUGCAAAGAAAUGAUGACUUUAUUGAAUUAGACUACACCAUUUUACUUCAUGACAUAGCAUCUCAGGAGAUUAUUCCCUGGCAAAUGCAAGUUCUCUGGCAUCCACAAUAUGGUACCAAAGUAAAACAUAAUAGCCGUCUGCCAAAGGAAGUACAACUGGAAUAAACAAAACCCUAAAAGUGGGAUGAAGUGUAAACAUGCCUAUUAAUGAUGUGUAUGCCAGUCUUCAUUGGUAUCUAGCUUAAGGAGCUAAACAAAUCCUAAAGUGUCACUUUGUGUAAAUGUCUUGAUUACAGUAUAGAACUAUACAGAUUCCAUAAUACACUGUCACUACAUAAAAACAUCUUUAUAAUAGUAGCAAUAAUGCUAUGUAUAUCCCAUAAUAAAAAGCUUCAAUUUCAGC